CACCUCAGUACCGUCUGUAAGUAUACCAACACCCUGCCUCAAACUCAGCUGAGGAACGUCAGUGUGGGACAGUUCUGUGUGCUGGAGUGGAGACGCACUAAAGCUAUGGAUGUAUCGAUACUCUAGAGCAAACACAUGGCAGCUUUUUUUUGGGUUUUUCUUUUUUUUUCUACUAGUCUGGUGACCAGGAAAGAGUUUGGGUCUCCUGCUUCAUGGGGUUUUAUGGUUUACAACCUCCACAGCCCCUUACUGAGAAAAUAUCUUCAUGUGCUAAGUUUGUUGGAACCAACCUCUUCUCACUAAAACACUAAAUUUCGUACUGGAACUAGUGAAAAUAUGGGGUUUAUUUUGGUCCUACAGUACGGUUUACAGGACGGAGGUGUGAUGUAUGUAUCUGUGAGUCCAGGCUGAAGCCUAUCUGAGGGACGGCCGAGAGUUUUGUAGCAUGGAGAAAUUGAAAAAUGAUAAAUGAGUGGAAUUUGUUCACUUCCUGUGACAGGCGUGGAGGUCGACCUUAACAGAUAUUACACGUGAUGAAGCGAAGGGAAGGAAGCCGCAGUAGCAUGCAUUUGUACCACCGUUAUUUUCCAUUAAAUAAGUACUUACAGAUAUAUAAAAACCAUGUGUUGGAACGUUUCUGUGGCAGGUUUAUAGUUGCAGUAAACACGUUGAAAGGGGGGUCGUAGCUCGGGGCCCUGUCCUAGCUCUUGAAUGUUUUUUGGGUGUUGUGUUAAAAUACUGUACCUUCUUCUCCAGAGAGUAACCCCUAAGGGAGAAGCAGCAGCCAUGAACACUCAACAGAUGGAGCAGAUGGGCCAGUUCAAGAUCACAGUCUGGGAGGAGGAGAACUUCCAGGGAAAGCGCUGUGAGUUCAUGCUGGAGUGCCAGAACAUCAUGGAGAGGGGCUUCAACAAGAUCCGCUCCUUCAAGGUUGAGAAUGGACCUUGGGUGGGUUAUGAGUACCCAGAGUUCCAGGGACAGCAGUUUAUCCUGGAGAAGGGAGACUACCCUCGCUAUGAGGCCUGGAGUGGAAACAGCAGCUACAGAACCGAGCACAUGUUGUCCUUCAGACCCAUCAAGUGCGCUAACCACAGUGACAGCAAGGUGACCAUGUACGAGUGCGAGGACUUCCAGGGCCGUAAGUUUGAGAUGUGCGACGACUACCCCUCCCUACAGGCCAUGGGCUGGUGCAGCAAGGAGGUGCCUUCCAUCAAAGUUAACUCCGGAGCCUGGGUGGCCUACCAGUUCCCUGGUUACCGUGGUUACCAGUACAUCCUGGAGAGGGACAGACACCAAGGCGAGUACAGAAACUACAAUGAGUACAGCACCCAGGCCCACACCAACCAGGUGCAGUCCAUUCGUAGGAUCCAGCACUAAGUCUUCACUUUACCUGCCUGACCCAAACUGAAAAAAAGAAAAAGAAAAAAGAAAAAAAAAAAAAAGAAACUCUCCUGAACCUCUUUCUCAACUUGAACCUGGACAGACCAUCGUCACAGACCCGUAGAUGGACAAACUCUUUCUAUCACUCUGUGGCUCUGCAUGUAUGGAUAUAUUCUAAGUACCUACUUCUACUACCAUGCCAAAGCAUGUUCUUGAAAUAGGAAAUAAAGGCUUUUCUUCAAAACUAUA